AUGGAUGCGAUACCAAUGCUCAGUCACUACGCUUUUGGAACUCCCUCGGACGCUGACGUCCGGGAAGUUGCAAAACAGACCGUUGCCAUCCUUAAGGGAUACGGGCUUUCCUGCUGUUUCGACGUCGAUGUUGUCGUGAUGAGUACGGCUUAUGAGCAGGAAGAACUAAAGCGGCGCAUUGUCGCUCGCGAUUCUACCUACUACCUUGUUCCCUCUAAAAACUGGCGCAACACCUACAAGGUGCUAUGGAAGCGCAUUCCAGGGCGGCUCAGUGUUAGCUGUAAGGUCGACAUCCUCGUUCCUCCCGUGAUGAACAUCCCAUUUGUGGACGCUAGUCGCAUCAUGUGGUCAUCCAAAAUCCCAAUAAUGCCGCUCUUUGCACAUUUGUUGCUGAAGCUACAGGCUUGGCAAGACCACCGUGAUGCAACCUUUCGCCGACCAGACCUCCGAGCAAAGCAGUAUGUGGAUGUUAAAGAUAUUGGGGAGUUAUUGGUUAUAGCGGUGAGGGAAAAUGUCACAUUGAAUGGAGAAAGAUGGCUACCGAAAACGUUUUUGGGGGCGGCAGAGAGACGUGUAAUGUUGUAUAUUACGGAAUAUCCUGCGUCUCGAGUGGCUUGGGAAAAGCUUGGGUUCAAGUUGUUAUGA